AUGCAAACAAAUAGCUGUGGGAAUUCCAACGACAAGGCACCCUUGCCUUGUGCUUUCCAAGAACCAAUGGCAGCACCCAGACACAUGCAAGAUGGAUCGGCAGCAGUAGCUGAGCAGCUGGAAACAAUUGAUUUGAGUGAGGAUCCCUCUGCCCCGAGGCCCAUUUCCAUAAGUGUUCAUUUAACAAAUGAGGAGAGGGCGGCCUUGAUAUCUUUGCUAAAGGAAUUUCGAGAUGUGUUCGCUUGGAGCUAUGAGGAAAUGCCUGGUCUGAACCCAAGCUUAGUAAGUCAUACUCUGAAUAUUGAGCUUGGUACAAAACCUAUCGUGCAGGCAAGAAGGAAUUUUCAUCCUGAAGUUGAGAAGCAAAUCAAGGUGGAAAUUGAAAAGUUGUUAGCUGCCGGAUUUAUUAAACCAAUCAAGCAUCCUACGUGGCUAGCGAAUAUUGUCCCUGUGAAGAAGAAAACCGGUGUGAUCAGAAUAUGCACGGAUUAUCGAGAUCUCAACCGAGCUUGCCCAAAGGAUGAGUUCCCGCUGCCAAACAUGGAUAUCUUAAUUGAUUCGACCUCGGGUCAAGGCUUGUUGUCAUUCAUGGAUGGGUUUAGUGGCUACAAUCAGAUCAAGAUGUCUCCCAAGGAUGCUGAAAAGACAGCCUUUCGAACACCGUAUGGGAAUUUUUAUUAUACGGUCAUGCCAUUCGGCCUCAAAAAUGCUGGCGCCACCUACCAAAGAGCUAUGACAGCGGUGUUUCACGACAUGAUGGGAAAAGAAGUCGAGGAUUAUGUGGAUGACCUUGUGGUGAAGUCCAAAACCAGAGAAGGCCAUCAAGAAGUUUUAAGGAGAGUGCUGGAAAGGUGUCGGCUGUACAGUUUGAAGAUGAAUCCAAAGAAGUGUGCGUUCGGGGUUUCAUCCGGUAAAUUCUUGGGGUUUCAAGUACACCAGCGUGGCAUAGAUGUGGAUCCAGAAAAGACUAAAGCCAUAAAUUCUCUUGCACCGCCUAAAAGUCCAAAAGAAUUGAAAAGCUUUAUGGGAAGAUUAUCGUAUAUUCGGCGCUUUAUCCCAGGUCUUGCUGCCACCAUGAGUGCUUUUACUCCAUUACUCAAGAAAGGCAAGAGGUAUGAAUGGAGUGAGAAGUGCCAAGAAGCUUACAAGAAGGUGCAACAAAUAAUCGCCAAGCUGCCCACUAUGAAAGCACCUAUUCCGGGGCUGCCUCUCAAGCUUUAUUUGGCUGCAACAAACACAGCGGUUGGGGCCUUACUUGCUCAAGAUGAUCAUAGUGGGGAAGAAAGUCCUAUUUAUUACGUAAGUAGGCAACUAAGGGGGUCUGAAGUAAGAUAUCCGAAAACUGAACUUUUGUGCCUUGCUCUUGUCUAUGCUGCACAGCGCUUGCGGCAUUACUUCCUUGCUCACAAGCUACAUCUCAUGGUGAAGUCUGAUCCCGUAAGAUAUUUGCUUACAAGGCCAAUAUUAUCCGGGCGCCUUGCACGUUGGUUGUUACAGCUGUCCGAGUUCGAUAUCACCUGCACCACUCCAAAAGCCAUCAAAGGGCAGGCUGUUAUUGACAUGUUGGCUCUAUUUCCCGAAGUUGAAGAAUCAACAAUCUCUAAGGAAGUUCUGGGGGAGCUGCCGGAAAUGGUUGCUGUUGUCACGGAGGCAGAACCAUGGACCCUCUACUUCGAUGGGUCUUCUACAUCAAAGAGUGGAGGGGCAGGUGUGGUGCUUGUCAAUCCCGAGGGGCAAGCUACGGCCCUCUCGUUUAAGCUAAAUUUCCCAUGCACGAAUAAUACGGCAGAGUACGAAGCUUUUAUUGCAGGGAUGUCUACAGCAAGGGAAAUGGGUGUCAAAAGAAUUAAAAUUAUUGGGGAUUCAAACUUGGUGCUGAGUCAAUUACAAGGAAAUUUCGCCGUGAAGGAACCAGCAUUGGCACCAUAUCGUACAGCUGCUGAAAGGCUUGUUCGUUCGUUCAAACAAGUUGUGUUGGAACAUACCCCGGGAGUCACCAAUAGAUAUGCUGAUGCGUUGGCCACUUUGGGGUCGAGGCUCUCAUUUAUUGACGAACAGCCCAAUAUUGCAGUAAUCAAGAAGGACAUACCAGUUGUUGAAGCAAUGGCUCAAGAGGAGCAGCUGGAAGAGGAUGACUGGAGGAAGCUUGUGAAAGAAAAAAUAGGCAAAGGAAGCAACAUCAAAGAAUUAAAGGAUUAUGCGAUCAUCUUUGGGGAACUGUACAGACGCCUUCCGGGAGGUAUUUUGACACGCUGCAUAGGGAUAACAGAAGCACAGGAGAAGCUUCAAGAGGUACAUGAGGUCACUUGCAAUUUGGAGCCAAUAAUCAGCCUGUACCGGCGCCUGCAGCGCAAGGGUUAUUACUGGCCAGAAAUGAGGAAACAAGCAGCUGAAAUACAAGCCAAUUGUCCCAAGUGUGCAAAAAUACCUUCCACCGAGGAAUCAUUCACCGUCUCAUUUGCGGAGGAUUGGAGGGCUCCAUACUUGGCAUCCUUCAUCAAUGGAGUCUUGCCAACCAAUCCCAAGCAUGCACGCAAGCUCAAAAGGACAAUGAAAAGAUACUUCAUAGAUGGGUCAACUCUUUACCGUAAGGGUUUAAUGGUGAGCCAUUAA